AUGGCGGAGCUCAAUUGGCGUUCAUCGGCGGUGAAAGCAAUAAAGCGCAUACAUGCACGUGUCUCGGAAGGUGUCAUGGAAGGUCGUGAUGUGUUUCAUUUUCAACAAGAGCUCAAGUCGCUUAAAUCACACUUUGAGCGCUUCAUGGAGAACCAUAAUCGUCUGGUAGGAGGAGCUACGUCCUCCGAGAUUGGGUCACAUGAUGCACUUUUGGAAUCAAUAGAGGAGCUGUAUACUGCGGCAUGCAGUAGACUGAAUCGUCUCAUCGCAUCGUCAAGGGUUGAAUCUAAUGUCGCUGACGGAGCGCACAAUUGUCCCACAACAUCUCUGGAUGGCCAUUUGGUGGAUCUCAAAUUGGACCCGUUAGCUAUCCCGUUAUUUGAUGGAGACAUGUGUAAAUGGUUAGCGUUCAAAGAUGCCUUUGAAACACUGGUACAUAAUUCGGCAUACCCAGAAGCGUUCAAAUUGGGAAAGCUUCGUCAGGCAGUCAAUGCGGCUACUGUUCCGUUAAUUGGGGGAAUAUAUUCGGGUGGCUAUCAAGAGGUGUGGAAAGCUCUAAAGGACCGCUAUGACAAUAAAAAGCAGCUAGCGGAAAUACACGUAUCCCGUUUUCUUAACCUUAAAACAGCUACCCAUGAGUCAUCACAAUCGUUAUUGGCUAUUGUGGACACGGUUCAUGAGUCGCUGCGUGCAUUGCGUGUGAUGGAUAUCCCCAUAUCUCAGUGGGAUGCGUUAGCUGUACCAAUAGUGGUGGCAAAGCUUCCGUCGGUAACUAAGAGAGAUUGGUGUAUGAGGUGCUCCACUACAGAAAUUCCACAGUUAGAAGACCUAUUGAAAUUUCUAGAGAGACGUGCUCAUAGCCUUGUUACUGAACCACCGGUCUCAUUAAUGGUUUCCCGUCAGCAACGACCAGUGAGGGCCCAUGUGGCUUCCACGGAGGCAGCUCUGUGUGCUCAUUGCGGGUUAGCGCAUCGAAUCGCCAGGUGUCCGACAUUAUUGGCUCUCAGUAUCGAGCAGCGAUUUGAAGCCCUUAAGAAAAUGCAGAUGUGUUACAACUGUUUACGUACAGGUCAUUCUUAUCGACAGUGUCCAUCUAGUAGCUGUCGAAAUUGUGGACGUAAGCAUAACACGAUCCUAUGCCGAAACAAGUCCAUCAACACGUCAACGUUUGCUUCUACGACUACGGCAGCCGCAGGCAAUGAGGUACCUGCGGAGGUGCCAACAACCACAACGGCAUGA